CCGUCUCUCGCUCUCUCUCUCCUCUCUCUCAUGGCGUGGCUCAAUAGCAUCUUCAAUUCUUCUUCAACAUUGAUCAAUGGCGGCUCUUCUGUAUUUCCCUAAAAUCUCUUCAGAAGUGACCUCCUCACAUUUCCUCUCUCUCUCACCCAUGGAUUUGAGGAAGCUCUCUCGCACAAGCUACUUAUUCACGCGCCGCUUGAAAUCCAUAGCAUACCCUCGAAAAAGCUUCCACACAACCUUACACCUGCAACAGCUGGAGAAAUCGGAAGAGGCUUCCUCUUCUGAUCGGCAUUUGCGCGAACGGUUAUCUGCGGCUUUGUCUAGACGAUCUCUAGAUUAUGAGCAGUGUAAACAGCUCAUAGCUACUUUAUCUCCUCACGAAUUCGAUAGGUUGUUUCCUGACUUCCGAUCCAAAGUUAAUCCCAAGACGGCUUUGGAUUUUUUCCGCUUAGCGUCUGAUUCAUUUAGCUUCUCCUUUAGCCUCCGUUCUUAUUGUUUGUUGAUAGGUUUAUUGCUUGAUGCGAGCCUGUUAUCUCCUGCUAGGCUAGUUCUAAUUCGUUUGAUCAAUGGGAACGUUCCGGUUUUGCCUUCUGCUAAUGAUUCGAGAGACGGUCGAGUAGCGAUUGCAGAUGCAAUGGCGAGUUUGAGUUUGUGUUUUGAUCCAGAAAUCAGGAUGAGAAUCUCUGAUUUGUUGAUUGAAGUUUAUUGUACACAGUUCAAGCGUGCUGGUUGUUAUCUAGCUCUUGACAUAUUUCCUCUUCUUGCAAACAAGGGUUUGUUUCCUUCUAGGACGACUUGCAACAUUUUGCUGACUUCUCUAGUGAGAGCCAACGAGUUUCAGAAGUGUUGUGAAGCUUUCGAAGCUGUUUGCAAAGGGGUUUCUCCUGAUGUUUACUUGUUCACUACAGUGAUUAAUGCGUAUUGCAAGAGAGGUAAAGUCGGGGAGGCCAUUGAGUUGUUCUCGAAAAUGGAGGAAGCUGGUGUGGCGCCAAAUGUUGUUACUUAUAACACUGUGAUUGAUGGGCUGGGGAUGAGCGGAAGGUAUGAUGAGGCAUUUAUGUUUAAAGAAAAGAUGGUAGAAAGAGGUGUGGAACCAACUCUUAUCACGUAUAGUAUUCUUGUCAAGGGUUUGAUCAAGGCUAAGAGGAUUGGUGAUGCUUAUUAUGUCGUGAAAGAAAUGACAGAGAAAGGGUUUCCUCCUAAUGUUAUUGUAUAUAAUAAUUUGAUUGAUGGUUUAAUCGAGGCUGGAAGUUUGAACAAAGCUAUUGAGAUAAAGGAUGACAUGGUUUCAAAAGGGUUGUCUCUCACAUCGCCGACAUAUAAUACUCUCAUAAAGGGAUACUGCAAGAGCGGUCAAGCUGAUAUUGCAGAGCGUCUCCUGAAGGAAAUGCUGUCGAAGGGUUCAACUGUAAAUCAGGGCUCCUUUACAUCUGUAAUUUGCUUGUUGUGCGGUCAUCAUAUGUUUGACUCAGCACUUCGUUUUGUUGGAGAGAUGCUACUGCGUAACAUGAGCCCUGGAGGUGGAGUACUUACUAUGUUGAUUUCUGGUCUCUGUAAGCAUGGGAAACACUCAGAAGCAGUAGAACUUUGGUUUAAAUUUCUGAGUAAAGGUUUUGUAGUAGACACAAAGACUUCGAAUGCUUUGCUUCAUGGACUCUGUGAAGCAGGGAAGCUGGAGGAGGCUCUUAGGAUUCAAAAAGAGAUAUUAAGGCGUGAUUUUGUAAUGGAUAAUGUUUCUUAUAACACAUUGAUUUCUGGAUGUUUCAGAAAGAGGAAAUUGGAAGAAGCUUUUGGGUUCAUGGAUGAAAUGGUUAAGAGAGGACUUAAGCCUGACAAUUAUACUUACAGCAUAUUGAUCCGCGGGCUGUUUAAUAUGAAUAAAGUUGAGGAAGCCAUACGAUUUUGGGGUGAUUGUAAACAGAAUGGUAUGCUUCCAGAUGUUUGUACAUAUUCAGUGAUGAUAGAUGGGUGUUGUAAAGCUGAAAGAGCAGAAGAGGGUCAGAAAUUGUUUGAUGAGAUGAUAAGAAAUAACGUGCAGCCAAAUGUUGUUGUUUACAAUCAUCUAAUCGGAGCAUACUGUAGAAGCGGGAGGCUAUCAAUGGCCUUGGAACUCCGUCAAGAUAUGAAACACAAAGGAAUUUCACCUAAUUGUGGUACAUAUACUUCACUAAUAAAGGGGAUGUCGAUCGUUAGCCUUGUUGAGGAGGCAAAACUUCUCCUCGAGGAGAUGAGGGAAGAGGGUUUGGAACCGAAUGUCUUUCAUUAUACAGCACUUAUUGAUGGAUACGGGAAAUUGGGUCAGAUGGCCAAAGUUGAAUGUCUUUUGCAUGAGAUGCAUUCGAAGAACAUACUCCCAAACAAGAUUACGUAUACAGUGAUGAUUAGUGGGUAUGCUAGAGAUGGGAAUGUAACAGAAGCUUCAAGGCUUCUAAAUGAGAUGAGGGAAAAAGGAUUUGUUCCAGAUUCGAUCACAUACAAAGAAUUUAUAUAUGGAUAUCUUAAGCAGGGAGGUGUUUUGCAAGCUUUUGAAGGCUCUGAUGAAGAACAUUAUGCAGCAAUCAUUGAAGGAUGGAAAAAACUCAUACAGUAGCUGAUGAAUAAGUGUAAGAAAAGUUGGAAAAUUGAGAACCAGUGGUGUUCUCAGUUUUGAUGGUCCUAUGCAUGUCCGGGAUCUGCAUCUUCUACUUAGGGGAACACAUUAGUAUGGAGUCACUUGGUAAAUGCAUAUGGUCGAUUGCAUCUUACAAGUAGUUUAAUUUGUUCUACUUGAUGCUCCGGCCACACUAAAUUUAGCAGCUUUGACCUGCUUCAGAGAAAAGUCGUUUCUUUUGGCAUCAUAGGCUUGUAGGGUCUAUGAUUACAAGUCCCACACUAUUGGUGCUCCUCAGGUUUAAGAAUCGAGUGCCACAGAAUCAAAUCCAUGUUGCAAGAUUCUGGAUCAAAGCAGGCCCUUCAGACAGCAGUCCUGAGAAGACUAUAUACAGAUUCAAUGAAAUGUAAAACUUAAUGGACAGUCACUUAAAAGCUGAAACAUGGACGUUAAUGGCAGCUAUUCAACUUCUCAUAGCAUAAGCACGAGACUGGGCCAAAUGGCUUCUCUUUUGCAGGUCACACAUACAUAGAGAUUCAGCCAGCUAAUCAUCGGAGUAGUUUAGAACUAAUUGUAGCCUGACACGUCGCCGGGAAAAGUUUCUCAAGAUGUGCAGAAUUUUUGCCCACGGAACAAAUUCAACAAACCGUAUACUACAAAGACUUUCAGCGGGGUCAUUGCUGUUUCUUUUUUCUUGUAUACAAUUGUUUAUUCAUUUUUUUCCUCUUACAGAAAUGAAAAAAAUAUUAUUUUCGAUGUACAUAAAAUAGCAGAAAGGAAACAAG